CCCCCGCUCGCAUCACGCGACGCAGGUAUUUUUUUUACUCCUCAGAUACCGCCAAGCGAGAGGGGAGAGGAAGGCGACGAUGGCGAAACACGUCAACGAGGACUCCGUGGCUAUCAGAGGGCUGUCAGAAGAAGACGUCGCCGACCUUAAGGAAGCUUUCGACAACUUCGAUCGGAAUGGGGACGGAACCAUUGACUCGGUUGAGCUGGCGACGGUGCUACGUUCUCUAGGCUACUCGCCGACAAAGGAUCAGCUGAAGAAGCUCAUGGACAAGGUGGAUCUGGACGGCACUGGAGACAUUUCAUUCGAGGAGUUCGUGGUGCUGAUGAGAGUGGGGGGCAUGGAGACGGACUACGAGAAGGAGAUCAACGGAGCUUUCUCCUUCUUCGACAAGAACGGCGACGGGCAGGUAGAUCGACAAGAACUGGCGGAGAUCGCGCGCGCGCUCGGGGACUCGCUGACCGACGCAGAGAUCUACCUCCUCAUCAACGCCGCCCACAAGGACAGAGACGCCACAAUCUCCAUGAAAGAGUUUGUCACCUUCAUGUUCGACGAAAAAGCAGUCCAGAAGUGA